AUGUCGUCGUGCUUGCUCGACAAUGUUUUACCACCGCCACCAAAUAACAUAGAUCCAACAUUCACACUACUUGCCAAUGAAUUGUUUGAUAAACUCGAUGCAGUGAACCGUCAUAAUUUGCAAGAAGCAUCAACCAUCACCGAACGCAGGGCACAAAUCAUCAAUGACUUUAUUGCCACAUUCCGCACCCAUAUUGGAAAUGAUAUACUUCAAUCGGCAAAACUCAUCUUUCCAGAAAAGGCCAGUCGGCUCUAUUUCAUAAAGGAGGUUGCUUUGGCGCGACUCAUUAUCAAGAUGUACAAGAUCCCCAAGGAUACCGAAGAAUAUAAUCUACUUCACUUUUGGAAUCGACUGUAUCAAAAAUCUAAGCGAUUUGCUGUUGAUGAACGGAAAAUUAGGGAUUUGCCAUUACAAUCAGCAAGAAUAAUAGCCACACGCAGACCGUUUGUGGAGCGUUGCAAAGAGUAUACUGUUCCUCAAAUCGAUUCCAUUUUGGAUGACUUAUCCAUGGCAAAGCAAUCCCAAGAUCAUUCGGAGAUUUUACAACCAUUAUUUGAUAAUUUACGAAUUGAAGAAGUGCGAUGGUUGAUUCAAAUUGUAUUAAAGAAACCGAUCUUAAUUCAUAUGGAAAAGUAUUUCUUCAAUAGUUGGCAUCCUGAUGGGUACAGAUUGUACAGCAUUUGCAACAACUUGGAAACUACGUUCAACUUGUUGACUGAUCCCAACAAGAGAUUUGAUAGAGGGGAAUUGGCAAUUCACCCCCGGUACAAGUUCAAACCCCAAUUGGCAGAGAAAUUGACAACAAAUUACAAUGUCGUUGUUCGUAAACUACAAAAGAAGCAGGAAAUGGACCCACAGUAUGAAGGAUUAUUUAACCAAUUGCAAUUGGAAAGCAAGUUUUAUAUUGAGGAGAAGAUGGAUGGUGAUCGAAUGAUGUUACACAAGGAGGGCAAUCGAUUCAAGUUUUUCUCAAGACGUCUAAAAGACUAUUCCUUUCUCUAUGGGGAGUCCUUCCAGUUUGGAUCUUUGACAAAAUACCUUCGCGACGCAUUCGCCAACAACAUUGACUCUAUAAUUCUUGACGGAGAGAUGGUGGCUUACGAUUACAAACGGCAGGCAAUAUUACCAUUUGGCACCUUGAAGUCGCUGGCGAUUCAAGAAAGUGUGCGACAAUUUACCACUAUUGAUCACUAUGACCAACAAACAAGUCACCCAUACUACAUAAUAUUUGACAUUUUGUACUUGAAUGGUCGCGAUUUGAGCAAUUAUCCGUUAUUCUUUCGAAAAAACGUGUUGGAUCGAAUAAUCAAAUCCGUCCCUUAUAGAUUCGAAGUUCAUGACGCUAGAUUAGGUUCUAGUAGUGCUGACAUUGAAAAGGCUAUACGCGAAGUUGUAACGAGUCGAAGUGAAGGGUUAGUGUUGAAGCAUGUGCAACUGAGAUAUGUCAUUGAUGGGUUUAGAAACCCCAACUGGAUCAAAGUCAAACCUGAAUACUUGGAGAAAUUUGGAGAGAAUUUGGAUCUUGUAGUGAUUGGAAAGAACCCAGGAGUUAAGAGCUCCUACAUGAUGGGUUUGCAAAAUAGAGAUCAAGAAAGCGCAGACUAUGGAGCUUAUUACAGUUUUUGCAUGUGCGCUAAUGGGUUUGAAAUUGAAGAAUUUGACAAGAUUGAACGAUUGACAAAUGGUCGAUGGGUCAAUACUGCACAGCAAAUGCCACCACCACUGUUGAUUAAAUUUGGUAGAAAGAAGCCUGAUUUCUGGAUUGAUCCAAAGCAUUCACUAGUUUUGGAAAUCCGGGCAAGAUCAGUCGAUGUGAGACCCGAGGCUACAUUUGCCGUGGGGACAACAUUACACAAUAUGCAUUGUCGACGUAUACGGGACGAUAAGUCAGUUGAAGAGUGUAUUUCCAUGCAAGAGUAUGUUGAAUUAAAGCAAAACUAUAUGCAAGAUUUGAGUCUCAAAUCUCAAGCGGCAACGACGAAAAAGAAGGAAUUGACUAAAUUGACAUCUUUCAAUGAACCACUGGAUUUGAAACAGGUUGCAAUUGAGCUGGAUUUAUUUGCAAGCUUUGAGUUUUUAAUCUUGAGCGACAAACGUGACCCACAUGGUGGGACUAUCACAAUUGAAGAAUUAAAGACUUUGGUCAAACGGUUUGGAGGCCAUUUGGUAAACUCAAUUGAUGCCGAGACAAGCUUGCAGAUUUUAGUCAUAACCGAAAAGAAUUUACCAACUAGUCAGCGGUAUUUAGUUCAAGGCUUGGACCUAAUCAGACCAUCUUGGAUAUUUGAAUGUAUCAAAAGAAACCAUAUAGUCCAAAUGGAACCGUGUUUUCUAUUUGAUUCUCAGAACUUGGACCUUUAUAAUCAACGAGUUGACGAAUUUGGCGAUUCUUACACUGUUCAUUCACCCAUUGACCAAAUUAAUGCGCCGAGGUUAACUCGCAACGAGGUGAAUCAGUUGCGACUAGAAUUUGAUUGGGAUGAAUCGAUCAGACCUAAAUUCUACUUGUUUGAAGGAAUAACUUUCUACGUCCUUGGCGAAUCCAUAGCGAGUCAGUUGGUUAGAGAUCGCAUCGAACGGUUUAAUGGGGAAGUUAUAGCUGAUUAUGUAAAUUGUGGAUAUAUCGUUGUUCCCAAUUUUGAAGAAGAAGAAGAAGAAUUCCAAGUGGAGACUGUUGCUACUUUGAGCAGGAUGUAUAGAGAAAUUGAUCAAGGCUUGCGGAUUACGGGAGGAAGAUUUACAAGUCGGAUUCCAUUCACCGUUGUGGAACAGUUUGUUCAUGAUUCCAUUGAAUCCAACAGUGUCGCUGAUCCGGAAGACUAUAAGUUUUAUUGA